AUGGCCGGUGAUUCACCCAUAGAAUUUGUCGUUUCCGGUCAAAACGGUAUGGAAUACAUUGACAUGAAAAAUUCUUUAGUUUACGCUAAAAUAAAGAUAAAAAAGGCAGAUGGAUCCGAUAUCAGCUCUACUGAUAAUGUGGGACCUGCCAAUUUUUUGUUACCUGCACUAUUUUCACAAGUAGACGUUACACUCCAAGGACGUACAGUAGUCUCUGCCGCAAGUAAUUAUGCUUACAAGGCAUACAUUCAAACAAUUCUGAAGUAUGGAGCCGAUGCUAAAAAAUCCCAGUUGACUACACAAUUGUGGCAUAAAGAUAGCGAUGGAGAGAUGGGUGAUACAGAUGUGAGAACGGGUAAUAAUUUAGCUUUACUCGAGAGAGCUGAAUUAUUCGAAGGUGGUAAAAGUGUUGAUUUGGAAGGCCCCAUAUUUCACGAUCUGUUCAGAAUGGAUAGAUACCUACUUAAUCAAGUAAACGUGAAUGUAAAGAUGUACAGAUCAAAACCUGAAUUCUGUUUACUUUCUGGCGAGCAAUCUCCCAACUAUAGGAUUGAGUUUGAAGAUAUAAGACUACACAUCGCUAAAGUCAAAGUAAAUCCCGCCGUCAUCUAUGCCCAAAGCCAAGCCUUAGCAACGACUACUGCAAAAUAUCCAUUUACGGAAAGUGUACUAAAACAUGUCACCCUUGCUGCAGGAGGAACUAGCUUUACCUAUGACAACCUAUUCCAAGGAAUGAGACCUAAUUUUGUCACCGUCGGAUUUGUGAACUCAACUGCUAUCACGGGAGCGUACGACCAAAACCCAUGGUUCUUUCAACCAUUCGAUGUAACAUCUAUCGGUCUUUAUGUAGAUGGUAUACCGGUAGGAGGAAACGUCAUAAAACUAGACUACAAUGGCACCACAGGUCAGACUGUCAUUCCCACCCUUAGGAACAUGUUUAAAACCACUGGAAGAUGGCUAUCAGAUUGUGGAUUAGAAAUUAAUAGGAAUAACAUUGCUAGCGGAUAUUCGCUAUACACAUUUAAUUUGGAACCCAUUUUUCAAGGAAAUCAGUAUCUCACCUUACUAAAACAAGGAAACGUUAGAGUAGAGGUCACAUUUGGAAGCCCUCUCGCCAAAAUCAUCAGCUGCAUCGUUUACGCCGAGCACCCAGGCUAUUUUGAAAUCAACGCUGCAAGAGAUAUUUUGAAGCCAUGA